AUGCUACACUUGACCACGGCAUGGGCCACCGCAUAUCUUGGUUACGCUCUGGCCUCGCACCGCUUGCGCAUGGGCACCGAGCGGGCCAUCAUCGACGGCGAGCUGCCCCAGCCGUGCCACCACAGCAAGGACAGGGCGUACAGGAUCGCCAACACGAUUCCUGUCGCGGCGUUCAUCGUGACGGUGAUCUGGACCGCUUCCAUGACGGCCAUCAUUUUUACAAACGACAUCACCGAUGAGUUUGAUAUUGUCUUUCUCCUCUCAUACGUCGGUUGGAUACAUGUUGCCGUCUGGUUACUAUAUGUUGCAGAUGUACCCAUGCGUAAAGUGCUGAUGAAAGAGCCAAUGGUGUCUCUACUUGCCUCCCUCCUCCCAUGCCUGAUGAUUUCUCCGGUGAUCAGCGUUGUAUGCCGUAUUCUGUCAAUCUUGUUCCAGUGUGAACAGGACUCUAUUUAUAUGCAUCAACAACAUCUGCAACUCACAUGCAUGGUACUCGGUAAACAUGAUAAGUCAUGUCAAGAGAAGUUGAACAGCAUGGAGCAUAUGGGCGACCUUGAUGAGAAUCCAAAGAAGAUGACUGCGACAUCGGGGCGAGCGCCUAUUUCAAGAGGGGGCGGCGUGGAGAGUGAAGAAAAGAAGCACACUUUGGGCACGAAGAACAUCAAGGAUCGAGUCUUCUCAUCUGAGCACCGCCAGCACCAAAAGUUGAGGCCAGUCUGUCCCGGACCAGGUGUGGACUACUCUAACUCUCCCCAUCACAAUAAUGUCAACCGCAGGAUGGAUGCCAUGAGCCCGCGGUGA